GCCACCUCCCGCCCGCGGCAACCCUCAGGACGAGGCAGUAUACCCUUUCCACUCCUUGUUGGCUGUCCGAUAGUCCGUUGAGCAGGUUCUCAUUCACUUCUCUUUCCUCCCUCCAGACAUAAUCAUCAUGAUCCCAAUCGCUAGACACUCUGCUCUGCAGGCAGUCCGCUCGAACCUCCGCCCGCGGGCGUUCAACCAGCCCGCAGCCUCUGCGCUCGCCCGCCUCCUCUCAACCCUGGCCGUGCUCGAACAGCGAGACGGCAAGCUUCAAGCCUCGUCACUGUCGGCAAUCGCGGCCGCUCAGAAGCUUGGUGGCCCCGUUACCGCAUUCGUGGCUGGAAACAACGUUAAGGGAACCUCUGCUGCCGAGGCGGCCAAGAUUAAGGGCUUGGACAAGGUCCUGGCUGUGGAUAACGAGGCCUACGAGAAGGGUCUUCCUGAGAACUACGCUCCCCUCCUCGUGGAGAAUAUUAAGAAAGGCGAAUACACCCACAUCAUCGGCGGCCACUCCGCUUUUGGAAAGAGUCUUCUUCCCCGCGUGGCUGCUCUGCUCGACGUGCAGCAGAUCUCCGAUAUCACCGGCAUCGAGAGCGAGGACACUUUCGUCCGUCCCAUCUACGCCGGAAACGCUAUCCUGACCGUCCAGUCGACCGACCCCACCAAGGUUAUCACCGUGCGAGGCACCGCAUUCCAGGGUGUCGAGACGGAGGGCGGCUCCGCCGGGAUCGUCGAGGGUGCUGACCCCAAGGCCCCCGCCCAGACCGAGUGGGUGUCCGAGGAGCUUGCGAAGUCCGAGCGCCCUGACCUGGCUACUGCCUCCCGGGUCGUGUCCGGUGGUCGUGGACUGAAGUCGAAGGAGGAGUUCGACCGGGUGAUCGUGCCUUUGGCUGACUCGCUGGGUGCCGCCAUUGGUGCCUCCCGGGCGGCCGUCGACAGCGGAUUCGCCGAUAACAGUCUCCAGGUCGGCCAGACCGGAAAGAACGUUGCCCCUCAACUAUAUCUCUGCGCUGGUAUCUCGGGUGCCAUUCAGCAUCUGGCUGGUAUGAAGGACAGCAAGGUCAUUGCGGCUAUUAACAAGGACCCCGAUGCUCCUAUCUUCCAGGUUGCUGAUGUUGGUCUCGUCGGUGACCUUUUCGAUAAGGUGCCUGAGCUGACUGAGAAGCUGAAGAGCCAGUAGUGCUUUUAUUUUGUCUAUGUUUCUUGUAUCAUGAUGUUUGCUUAUCUCCUUGCGAGCUUUUAGGUUUAGAUGAAUUAUACAGUAUACCACACCUUGCCAACUGAGGAAAACUGCUUCGGAGUCAUACCUUAUUCCUUUCUGAUCGUCGUAAUGAUUGUAUUCUGGCUUUAG